UCAUAUGCAAUGGAAGAAGACACUGAUGUCACUUUCCACCUUGAGGGCCAAAACAGUUUGUCUCCUGAAUGUAAAUCAUCAGAGGAGACUACCAACGGACUUUCCAACCAAAAGCCUAUUAUGAAUGGAUUGAUUAUCAGUCAUAAUGUCAGAGACAACACCAACGGUUGUUCACCUCUCGCAUCUCUGCCGAUUUCAGCACUCAAGCAGAAUGGUCUCCUGCAGUCACUUGCAGGAGGAGGGGACCCAGCUAAACCUGCAGAAGAAAAUGAGGAGUUGGAAAAGGCCAGAGAAGAGUGGGAGGCUCUGGAGAACAGCCAACCAGCUCUCACUGAGGACUCAAACCCAACACCACUCAUCUCUUUCAAUGAAGCUCUCCAGUACUUCCAAACUACAGAUCUUGGGGACUUGCUUAAAAACAUCCAGCCAACUAUUCGCAGGACAGGUCUCGCUGCCAUCACACACUUCUUUUUUGGGCCCCCUCGACUACACAGGGAACUCACUGAGGAGCGGGACCUUGUUUUUGCCAUCGCGCAAUGCCACGUGGACAACAGCCAGACAGUCCACAUGCGCGUUCUCCAGACCAUUUAUAAAAGGCUUGUUGGCUGCAGGCUAGACUGUCCUCGUUAUGGGACACAUUGGGAAAAUAUUGGCUUUCAGGGUAUAGACCCAGCUACGGACCUGCGUGGCACUGGUUUCCUGGGACUCAUGCAUACUUUGUAUUUUGUGAUGGACCCGGAGACUUUGCCAUUGGCUCGAGACAUUUACAAGUUAUCCCAACACACUACACAGAACUUUCCUUUCAGUGUGAUGUCAAUCAACAUGACCCGCAUUGCGCUGCAGGUGCUCAGAGAGGAAGCCUUGUCUAAGGAAUGCAAUCGUCGACAGCAGGUGGUCGGCGUGUUGAAUGAGUUUUAUGUGGCAACAUAUCUGCAUUUGUACCAACUGUGGAAGACCCAACAGAAAACUAUUGCUGACUCUGGCUUUGUGAUAAAAGAAGUGGAGCUGUUUGCCAAAAAGAACCCAAAGCAGAUGCUUCGCCGACUAGAGGUCUUCCUGAAAGAGAGAAGGGCAGGUGGAGUCCCCCGUGGGACGUCGCCAGAGCCACCAGCUCAGCAGCCUUCACCCAGCCUGGAAGAACGAGCAGCGAGCGGACACGGAAGCAAGGCCAAGGAGAUGAACUUCACAGGGGUGUGUGAGCUACCAUCUGACAUGGAAAGGGACGCCAGACUCAUCUAA